AUGUCUCACGAAGCAGCCCUCACAUCCUCCGCCGCGCAAGCCAUUGCUCCCGAUCUCUUUCCCCCGCGCACCCCUCUCAGUACCCCUCAAAUUGAAGCCAGCAUAACCGCCUGUCUCACCGUACAGCGUCGGGCGGUCACUCAAGGAAAACGACCCUUUGCCGCCGUGCUCCUGGGUCCCGAUAACGAAACCGUACUCCUCACACAUCAAAGCAUCGAUCAAGUAAAUCAUGCCGAGAGCUCUUUGGCCAAACUAGCGUACUCGCAUUACACGAAAGAGUAUUUGUGGAGAUGCACGUUGGUUAGUACGUGGGAACCUUGUGCUAUGUGUUCGGUAACCUAUUUGGAUGAUGAUUUAGCGACGAUUUAUUGGGCGCAUAUUGGAAGAAUUGUAUAUGCGGCGACGAAUGAACAAUUGGCUGGUCUGACGGGGCCGGGAAAUCGAGAAAAUUUCACGUUGAAAUGGCAUACGAGAGAUAUUUUGGAGGGGCAACAGAAGGAUAUUGAGAUUAUUGGGCCGGUGGAGAAGAUGGAUAUGGUGGUUGUGGAGGAGAGUGAUAAAUAUUGGUGUACUACUAGAGCUCGUGCAUGA